GACGAUGUGAAUGAUGGCACAGGUUUUGAUGUCAAAUGUUUUCCAGCGUUUGCCGCUGUAAGCAGGCAACACCUGUGUUUGAGCUGUCAGGUGUGCUGGGAUUGGUCAUGUGUGCACGCUGUUUCCUCUCAGAAGCGCUCGCACAGGAACUUAUCAGGUUCUUGUGAAUUAUUAACCCCAGGACAUCUAGAAAGGCUUGAAAAUCACUUCGGGUAUGUCAGACAACAGCCAUGGCAGGAAAUGCCAGUGGAAGAACAGAUGCAGUCCAAAGCAGGAGGUCUUUCUAUGGGUUGUACCCAUACAAGUCAAGCAUGAUUGGUCUGGAGUCACUAGCAGAUCCGUCUGCUGACUGGGACAUUGUGGAAACCAUUGGAAAAGGAACCUAUGGAAAGGUCUACAAAGUCAUCAACAAGAAAGAUGGAAGUCAAGCAGCCGUGAAAGUUUUGGACCCUAUUAAUGAUGUGGACGAAGAGAUUGAAGCAGAGUACAACAUACUGCACUCGUUGUCCAACCAUCCCAACGUAGUCAAGUUUUAUGGCAUGUUCUACAAGGCAGAUGAGCUCUCUGGAGGACAGCUAUGGCUAGUUCUGGAGUUGUGUAAUGGAGGUUCAGUGACUGACCUGAUAAAGGGUUUGCUGAUGAGAGGAAAACGUCUGGAGGAACCCAUCAUCUCCCAUAUUCUGUAUGGAGCGCUUCUGGGUCUUCAGCAUCUUCACAACAACAGAAUUAUCCACCGUGAUGUGAAGGGCAACAACAUUCUCCUCAGCACAGAUGGUGGAGUUAAACUGGUGGAUUUCGGUGUCUCUGCUCAGCUGACCAGUGCACGUCUGCGCAGAAACACAUCGGUGGGGACUCCGUUCUGGAUGGCACCGGAGGUGAUCGCGUGUGAACAACAGUUUGAUUAUUCAUACGAUGCCCGCUGUGAUGUCUGGUCUCUAGGAAUCACUGCCAUAGAGCUGGCAGAUGGAGAUCCACCCCUGGCAGAGAUGCACCCGGUCAAAGCACUCUUCAAAAUACCACGGUAA